AAGCCGUGUCUCGUUGCCACAACACAUAUAUAGAUGCAUACUGAUCAGACGUUUGGCCAUGUUACUGUUCACCUCUAGUUAGAGCCCAAACCUCUAGAUAUUGCGAAAUUUCAGCCGAACCAAUACACUCAGCGCCUCCGAUAUAAUGUCAACAAUUAAGCCAUUCAAGAUUGCUAUUCCGGAUGAAGAUAUUCAGAAACUUAACCAAAAAAUAUCAGAAACACGAUUUCCAGGUGGGGGUCCAAAUGGCUGGGAGCGGGGGACGCCUAUCCAAGAUAUCAAGCGCCUUUCUAAAUACUGGCAAGAAAGCUUUAGUUGGAGAUCUUUCGAGGAACGUUUGAAUCAAUUGCCAAACUUUGAGACAACAAUUUCCGUCGAUGGAUUUGAUCCUAUCCAAGUUCAUUUCAUUCACCAACAGAGCUCAGCCUCAGACGCCAUACCGCUCUUGUUUGUCCAUGGGUGGCCCGGUGGAUUCCACGAGGUCACCAAAUGCCUUCCUUUCUUCGCCGAAAGUGAAAGAAAUGGUGGACCUGCUUUCCACGUCGUCGCACCCUCACUCCCUAAUUUUGGCUUCUCAAGCAGGGUCGAAAGCCCUGGUUUUGAUGCAAGACAGUAUGCCGAGACUUGCCAUAAACUGAUGUUGGCUCUUGGGUAUGAAAAGUACGCUUGCCAAGGCGGAGACUGGGGAAGUCUCAUCUGUCGUGUGAUUGGCAUCACCUACCCAAAAUCUCUUCUCGCAGUUCAUAUAAAUAUGGUUUCUGCUAACCCCCCGCCUCCAUCUUCCCCUUUUAGCUAUCUACGUUAUCUGGUAACCGAUUUCCUGCAGUGGUAUACCCCCGAGGAACAGCUUGGCAUCAAGGGUCUUCAACACUACCAGAGACAUGGUAGCGGCUAUUUUCAUAUCCAACAGCAAAGUCCUAACACUAUUGGAGUUGCGCUUGCCGAUAGCCCCGUCGGCCUCUUGGCUUGGAUAUAUGACAAGCUGGUAAACUGGACUGAUGAAUACCCAUGGACAGACGACGAAGUUUGCGCGUGGAUAAGCUUGUAUUGGUUUAGUCGCGCGGGGCCUGCUGCUAGCGUUACCAUCUACCACGAAGUACUUGAAGGAACUGGUCCAAAAGGGUUCGGGAUUGCAUGCCCUAAUGUUAAAAUGGGAUUCUCUUAUUUUCCGAAAGAGAUAGCGAACACCCCACGCUUCUGGAACAGACGUCUUGGUGAUGUUGUUUUCGAGCGGGAGCAUGAGAAAGGUGGCCAUUUUGCCGCCUGGGAACAGCCGGAGGCUCUUGUUGAUGACCUUCGUGUCAUGUUCGGGCCGAAUGGAAGCGUUCGUAAGCUUUGAUAUAGACUAUCAAUUGUACUUGAGAUUAUAUGCCGGCUAUCUCAUAACUUUGAUAUUAUCCUGGGUCUAUCAUUGAUUAUUCAACAUCCUGCAUUCACUUACUUGCCCCUAUUACCCCUAUUACGAGAAGGCGGUAGUAACGGGCAGAAAAUAGAGAAUAAGU